AUUUAACUUUUCCCAAAAAAUAUCAAAAUAUAAAUGAGGUGAACCGAAAGAAAAUGGUUUCUAUCAAGCAUUUCUUCCUCCUGUUUAUUUGCUUUAGUGCCCUCUUGACCUCAGGACUAGCGGGAGCAUCUCCAUCGGUUGAUUGCAAUCCCGAUUUUACUAACAAAGAUUGCGAUAGACAAUGUAAGAAGAAUGGUAGUUCAGGAGGUCAUUGUGGACCUGAUUUAGCCGAACCACGUUUACAGAUGUGUUUCUGCAAUGAUAUUUAAUUUAAAUGGCUUAAUAAAGCAUAAAAUUGAUAAUAAUGAAAGUUUCGGAUAUGUAUUAUUCAUCUGCAUUUUAAUAAAUAAUUUAAUAUCAUCUUAUACUCU